UGUUCAUCCCAAAUCACACACUCGCCAUCCACACACAUCGAGUGCCCACAGAAGGUCCAUCCGAGCUGACAUCCGAACAAACCUAAGCCAUGACGAUGUCGAAUAUUCCGAUGUAUAUUCAAAACAAGGCGACCAGCUCGUCCUGGAAUGUGCCGUAAACAUCAAUUUUAGCACCAGCAUUUGGUUAAAAGACGGACAAAUAGUGCAAACGAUUCUCAAAGACAAUACAAAUAACAAAAGAGUGAUCGGACAUAGAUUUUUAGUGGACGUUAGUGGAAAUUUAUUAAUAGACAAUGUGAGGUUAGAGGACGAUGGGAAGUGGCAAUGUGAAGCGGAGGAUGCGUUUGGCUUUGUUGUUCAGGGCAAGCCAAUACAGUUAACGAUUCUAGAUGCUCCCAAGAAGGCCUAUUUGAUGAUCGACAACCGCAUCCUAGAUCCAGGCAAUCCAUUUAUUCCGGUUAAAGAAAACUCCGACCUUACCGUCGCAUGCGUAGUAGACGAAGGUAACCCCAAACCUCAACUAUACUGGGAAAUCACCCUAGGAUCCUCGGCCUUACUGGAUAUCCCAGAAUUACCCCUUGAAGUGCUCAAUUUAACAGAGACGAUACGAGACCAAAAAGUGGGUGCCAGAACUGAUGCCAGACUUGGAAGGGUCCUACGAGGACACCACAAUGCCACUUUAACUUGUUACGUACGACAUAUUGCAUUGGACAAACCACUUAAUGCUUCGGUCCUCUUAAAUGUUCAAUAUACUCCCUCCUUUGCGAUAUCCCGUGAACCUGGAUUCGGCUUUCCAAUUCGAGAAGGAAUGCCAGUGUCCUUAAAAUGCGACGUUGACGCAAAUCCAAAAGCAUUACCGAUAUGGCAAAAGGACGAUGGAGCUCCACCAGUCCAACAAACUUCUGACGGAAUGUUAAACUUUACUGAAAUUAGAAGGGAGCACAGCGGCUGGUAUAAGUGUAUUGCCAAACAUCGUUUAGGCAGAUUCUCCAGCAUCGGGUACUUCCUAAAUGUUCGAUACGACACGGAUGUUACCCAAGAGCCGGACUUCGACGUCGGGGAGCUAAGUUCCACCGGGAAGCAAUUAGAAGUUUCUCUAGGAGGGGCGGUCCACCUAGAAUGUCCUCCAGGUACUACAGGUUGUUGGACAAGAGUGGAACCAGCUACUGGUAUGCUAGAACCAUUGGGAGCGUCCCAAGAAUUAAGACUGGAUAAUGUAAUUUAUCAAGAAGGCGGUGAAUACCGCUGCGUUGGGCCUACAAAAGAAGCAACGAGAAGAUUGGAUUUUCUGAGAAACGCCAUGUCUGUUCAAGUACUUGUAACAGGUCAGCCUACGGUAGCACCAACGAAUAAAAGCAUCACGGCCUUGUACGGACAACCCCUUACAAUGACCAUGGAAUUCUGUGCCAAUCCUCCAUACACCAAAGCCUUAUGGAUAGCCAAAGACGUCAAAGUUUAUAAACCCGGUGAUGGAGAUAGUACCAUUAUGGCUUAUGGUAUAACGAAUUUAUCUCAACCAAACUGCCAUCAAGCCGUAUUAUUCUUGACGAAGGUCACUAGCGUAGAUAUUGGAGAAUACAAUUUUAUAGUAAAAUCGCCAAGCGGUAUAGCGGAUGGCAGUUUUCACGUCAACAUGACGUACGCCAGUGGUUACAACGUCCAAUUAGAAGAAGAUGUGAAAGUAGAGGAUAGCACUGACGAGGCCACUCGAAUUUCGACAUCGUUCUACAUAAAUGUGAUUGUUUUAUUAAUAAUGCAUAUAAUUGUUGUUAACGACUGAAUUUAUUAUGUUAGUUGGUGAACACAUGCUUUACUUUUAUAAAUUUAGCGAUCUUCAGAGAAAGAACAAGAAUGCGUUACAGAAUAGCAUUUUCAAAAACGGUUUAUUCUAAAGAUGGGUGAUAAAUGAAUUAACUAACAAUUCGAAGUUUUAUUUCCGGAGAAAUUUCUUGCAAACCAGACGAAUGCCGAAUUAAAGAAGACAAGGGCAAGUCUAUAAUUUGCACCUCACUUCCUGUCUAUUCAGCGUGGCAAAAUUCCAACGAAAAAUUGGUCUCGAUACUGAGUUAGGAGUAAAACUAAUACAGAAGAAUUCGCCGUAAAACGAAAUCAAGAGACGUAUUAUAUUUCAGUUCAUUCAAAGAGCGCCAUAAACACCCUUAUAGACGGAGAGCUAGAGCCGAAAAAUCAUCGUCAUAAGUAAUAUGGAGUUGUUCCUGUGAAAUGUGUCCAUUGUAUAUUGACAAUUAUGACCCCUUUCAGGCUGACAAC